GAGAGCUAGGAGUCAUAUGAAGAAUUCGAUCCCGAUGGACGGCUUGUUUACGACACAGGUUCACUUAUAGAAGCAAGCCGCUGCAAGUAUGUAUUCCAUAAUGGAGUACAAAGGACUGAGAGAUGAGGGAAGGUGCGGCUAUUGCCGCUCCCUCCAUGGCAAAGCAUCUCACGGCAUGUGGGCACACUCCCUCACUGUUCAAGAUUACCAGGAUCUGAUAGACAGAGGAUGGAGAAGGAGUGGAAAGUAUGUGUACAAGCCUUUGAUGAACGAGACCUGCUGCCCUCAGUACACCAUCAGAUUAUGUGCUACAGAUUUCCAUCCCAAUAAAUCACACAAGAAAGUCCUCAAAAAAAUGCAGAAGUUUCUUCAGACUGGGGAAGUAUCUCGCUCCACAAAUGAUGAAACUUCUGGAGAGCCAAUGGAGUCACAGGCCGGCAGUCCUAUUUCCUUCAAAGUCUGUAUCCAGGACAAGGGUGAUGUUGCUGCAGAAGACUUGAAACCGUUAAGUACAGAGCUAGAGGAGACUGAAGAAGAAAAUGGCAAGGAAUUGCACUUGAACACUGAUGGGAAUCUUAAUGAAAAACCAGUGGGAUCAGAACAAGCUGCUGAACCUAAGACAGCUUUUCUUCCAACGCCGAAACCUGGUAUAGGUGCCGAUGCCAGUAAGCCACCUUGCCGGAAAGCCAAAGACAUCCGUAAGGACCGUCGCUUGAAAAAACUUCAGCUUCAAAAUUCUGAUCAUUCCACGUCCUCGGGGGAAACUGUCACCAUUCCAAACGCAUCAAAGCCAAAUACAAAUGGUACCAAGUCACUGGAGGAAUUUUUUACUGUGGCGGACCCAGAGAAAGCAUCACAUCGGCUUGAGGUAAGACUUGUAAGGUCUUCUCCUCCUAGCCCCCAGUUCAAAGCUUCGUUUCAGGAGUCUUACCAAGUGUAUAAACGCUAUCAGAUGACUAUUCACAAGGACCCACCUGACAAGCCGUGCAUAAGCCAGUUCACCAGAUUCCUCUGCGAUUCUCCUCUAGAGUCAGAGACCCGGCCAGAUGGUCUUGCUUGUGGUUACGGCUCCUUUCACCAGCAGUACUUAUUGGAUGGGAAGAUAAUUGCAGUGGGUGUCAUUGACAUCCUUCCCUCUUGUGUAUCUUCAGUGUACCUCUACUAUGACCCUGAUUACUCAUUCCUUUCCCUUGGGGUUUACUCUGCUCUGAGAGAAAUAUCUUUCACCCGGGAAUUACAUGGGAAGACUGCUGACCUGAGCUACUACUACAUGGGGUUCUAUAUCUACUCGUGUCCUAAAAUGAGGUACAAGGGUCAGUAUAAGCCAUCAGAACUCCUUUGCCCAGAGAGCUUUAUGUGGGUGUCAAUAGAGAAAUGUAUACCUCUACUGGAGCGCAAUAAAUACUCCCGCUUCAACAGCAACCACCCUGAAGACCGGGACAAAAACCGCUUGACAGAACUGGGCCGGGUUCGAGUCCUCCACAAACGUACAGUGAUGCCGUAUAGCAUAUACAAGAAGAAACGCAAGGGGCCAAAUGAUGAGACUACUGUUAAACAAUAUGCCAGCUUGGUAGGCCAGACCUGUGCUGAGCGCAUGUUGCUAUACCGCAGCUGAGAGGCUAUAGCAUUAAUGACCUUGAAGGACUGACCUUGUAGGAAGACUGCAUGUUAAUACUAUUGUCAAUCCAGGAAUUCAUUCACCAGUUUGGUAAGCGCGAGAAAGAGCUGGAUCCGCCAGUUCUCCACAGCUCAGUCCUGUUCCACCUUAAAUUAUAGUGUAUAGGAUUACUAUGCAAUGGGUUUUGAAAAUCAUUCUACGCUCAGUUAUGCUUCGCUUUUGUUUUAUUUAAGAGCAACGCCAACGGGACAAAAAUGACAAUAUUGUCCUGUUAUGUGCACUACUUCUUUUUUUUAAAUAUGAGUUUUAGAAGUCCCUAUCCUUAAAGUUCUAGCUCAGUUACCAUUAGCUGAAAAUAUUUGCAAUCAUCAGUAUCCAGAGUGCAUUGCCUGUAAUGGGAACAUAUAUGGCUGAUGCCAGUGAAUGGCUUCUGCAGUUGUUAUAGGUCAAGACCUAAUUUGCAUAGUUUUUGUUUUAUUGCUAACUCUGCACCUAUAAACAGUAAGAAGAUACAGGUAAAUAGGUAAUGACGCAGCUUUAAUUUUAUUCCAAGGGGAAUGGCAGGCAAAUACCUUUUUAAGUCCAGGUAUGUAAUCACCCAGAUAUAAAUAUUUUUGUAUUAUGUUGCAUGACAGAAUGGGUCAUUCAAACUCUUAUUGCAUUAAACAGUGCUGCCACUGCUUCAUGUGUCAGGCUUUGGUGGGAGUUGUUUAGGCAGCUUAUUGGUGAAGGAGAGUCCAUCUAAUGUCCUGCAAGCAGAGAAAUUAGCCCGAAAGCCGCUGUAAAAAUAGUGUUGUCAUCCUGCUGGCUAUCCACUUUGGCCGGUGUGUAAAUCACAUGAGUGAUUGGAUGGAAUUAGAAAUGUUUAGGCAAUUGCAUUUCAAAUGUGCAAUUAGCUGUUUGUCGCCCUAGAGGUCCACUUUAUUGUUCUUUCUGGCGUUUAAUGUCAGACAUUGGCCCUAUGCUUUUUCUUCGCUUGCAGUAAGUUAGGCAAGACGUGCUAGUGUGCAAAUUGUCUUCAAUUUAAUUUAUUUUAGUUUGAACUACUUUAAUUCCAUUAUCCUUAAUGCUGUGCAUCCCUUGUGUUUGGCAGUAGUCCUGGCCAAAGAAGAGGCAGGAAUCACCAAAAAUGUUUUGUUUGCCCUCGGCUGCUUACCCAAAGGGGUUCUUUAUGUCCCUGGGUACACAAACCAGUAAAUGAGUAUGGUUUUUUUUAAAGGACCUUUUUGCUUUCUUCACAAAAUGGGGCAACACUGUAGGGUUGAUUUACUAAAACUGGAGAUUUUAAAAUCUGGUGCAGCCCUGCAUAAUAACCAAUCAGCUUCCAGGUUCUUUUGUCAAAGCUUAAUUGAACAAGUUGAAUUUAGAAGCUGAUUGGCUACGAUGCACAGCUGGCACCAGGAUUGUGCACUCUCCAGUUUUAGUAAAUCAGCUCUUAUCUUUGCAGGAGUUGAGCGACGCUUCUGCACUUUUUUGGGUUAGACAAAAAUAAACAGAGCACUCACAGGUGGAAGUGCAGAUGGAAUCUUGAAGUUGACAGUGACUGCUUUGCAAAACUCCUGGGAUGAUGUAGAAAGGUAAACAUACCCUUUAUGGUUAAGACUCCAUACAUCUUUAAUUUGAGCCCAGGCUUCACCAAAAUAUUUAGUGGGUUUCCUUUUGAAUAUUGGUGAGUCCAUCACUAACUGAACCAAUGUUUUCAUUGGUUAAAAACAAUACAAAACAAAAAUGCUUUUGUCAGAUGUUUUUUGUAUACUUCCAUUCACCUGUUUGGUUGAAAACUUACUAAUCCGGAGGGAAAAGGCUACAGGACCUUUAAAGAAAAAAAACUGCUUAUGAGUGCAGUGAUGUGAACUACCUCCAUUGAAAAGAAUGUACUUUCCUUUCCUCAUGUGCUCCAGUUUCAAUGUGUGAAGAGUCCCAAAGUACCAUUAAAAUGGAAAAGAUGAGAGUUGAACCUAAGUGAUUAGAUUUAUGCAUUUGAUCUAAGGACUAGUCAACAUGUCAUUUUGAAAUCCUGCCAUCAUUUUCCAUCAAAAUGCCAUUGUGACUUAUAACUUGAACAUGGAGUCCCUUGCCACCCUUCGUGCCUCUAUAACAUGUCUGUGCUAUGUCAAACAAUGCCACUCCGUAACCUUAUGAUGUGUAAACGUUAGAGAUUUAUGUACUCGCCACAAAAGUGUUUUUUAUUUGGCAUUUCUUCAUGAAAAUUUGUCCUGUCGAGUUCUGUUUACGGAAAAAACUUUGUGGUUUGGUGACGUGUGUAACCAAUCAAAGGGAGGCUAAACAGUCUGUUUUCUCUUCUCUCAGAUUAAUUUACGUUACUGUAUUCUUUGUGUGAUUAAAGAGACAUUGCAAAGGUUUUCUUUUUAUCACAAUAAAAAAUAUAAAAUUUU